AUGUUGGGGAACGGCAGCCGCCAAAGCUCCAACUGCACAGACUGGGACCAGGCUGUGGUGGGCUGCAGGCUGCUCCUCAUGGUGCUCCUUAUUGCUGCCAUCACUCUUGGGAAUCUGGUGAGUCUCCUGGUUUUCCUUUCCGGUAGGCAAUUCCGAACAUCCCAAGGCUAUUUGAAGGCCUCUUUGGCCCUUGCUGACUUGGCUGUGGGACUCUUUGUGGUGCCUUACUCAGCUUACCGAGAGGGCCGCAGGUUGGCCUAUGGGACAGAAGAGACUGGCCAGUCCGACCGGGCAGCCUGCUUCAUCACUGGCCCUAUCUUUGCGGGCUGCACUUUUGUCUCCAUCAGCACUAUAAGUCUGCUGUCGGUGGAGAGGACCAUAGCAGUGCUGAAGCCCCUGCACUGGAAAACAGUGAUCACGAAGCGCAGGACUGUUUGGCUCAUCCUAGCUUCCUGGGCCAUAAGUUUCUGCCUGGCGAUGUUACCGAUGCUCUCCAUGCCUGGGAUGACCUUCCAGUACAAUCCCUGCACCAAGAUGUGCAACUAUGCCUUUCCUCUGAACAAGCUGCCCAAAUCCCACUGGAAUAUCAUGCUGCUGUACCCGGUGUUUGAUUUCUCCCUCAUGGGAGGCACCAUUGCCAUCAAUGUCAUCACCUUUGCUGUGCUCCAUCGAUACUGCAAGAUGCGGAAGCAACUGGGAGAGGAGCCCCCAGGAGGCAACCAGCUCUCCUUCUCGGACAUUACUGCUGCCAAGACCAUUGGCAUCCUGACCCUAGUCUUCUCUAUCACCUUCUUCCCUGUUGCUGUAUUUGUGGUGGGCUCUGUGAUGGGCUACCAGUGGUGCCAGUUCUCCUUUUAUGCCUUCUGGAUCCUUGCUUCCAACAGCUGUUGGAAUGUGGCCAUCUAUAGCAUUUGGGACCCCAAGUUCCGGCAACGUCUUCGGCAGCUGUUUAACAAGCCAGGGCGAAUACCAGCCUUCCAGCACUCCAGUCACUCACUCGAGGGACACAGUUCUGCCCCGGUCUGUGUGGCAGUUCUCAAGGAGAUGUUCCAUCCAGACAGUUUUUGA